CAGGCGCCCGGCUGCAAAAGCGCCUUCCGGAGAGGGGGGAAAAGCCCCUUUGGGUGAACGGGCUUGGCCGGGGAGGGCCCCUUUUCUCCCCCCCCCCAGUGCUUCUUCCCUUAGCCUUUGAAGUGGAGCCAGUUCAGCGCGGUGGGGGGAGCGAUUGCUGGUGGAGCUUGAAGAGGAGGGCAGAGGACAGAGCCCCCCCCGGUCCCCCUCUCCAGAAUCAGGCAUCAGCGGAAAGGCACCCUUGAUGCCGUCUCUGCCAUCUCUUCUGUGUGGUGAAGUGAAAAUCGCCGCCAUGCAGCCAGCACAGGGUGGUAUAUCCUUCGAAGAGGUGGCUGUGUAUUUCACCCAGGAAGAGUGGGGCCUGCUGAGCCCAGCCCAGAGAGCCCUGUACAAGGAAGUCAUGCUGGAGAAUUUUGGGCACGUGGCCUCUCUGGGACCUCGGAUUGCCAAGCCUGACCUCAUAUCCUGGCUGGAAGAGCUGUUCCUUGUGAUCUCUGAUGAAGAGGAAGGAUUAGCAGCAGGAGGCGUGUGGGAGUCGGCGAAUGGGAUGAAAGAACAGCCAGAGAUGGAGGAAGAGGAUGCAUAUUCAGGUGUGAUCGAGAAGGUGGAAUAUUGUAAUGCAGUGAGUGAGGAAGAGGAAAAAGAUCUUUAUGAAGACAGGACUACAUCUGAUCUUGUAGAGGGGGCUGACUCUGUACUGCAAGAAAUCUACAAAAAGGAAAAUAGGAGCGAGGUCACUGGAAGCAUGGAAGCUUUUCAUGAAAGAACAGAUAUUAGUACUCAGUGGCCCAAUUUUGACAAGAAGGAGAUAAGUAAAUGCUUGGAAUCUGAAGAAAACAUGAGACAAAAAGAUAGCCUAAUUACCCUUCAAUGGAUUGACACGGGUGUGAAAAAAUAUAAAUGCCUAGAGAUUGGGAAAAGCUUCAGUCCAAGUGGAAAGCUUAAUUCCCGUCAAAGUAUUCACACAGAGGAGAAACCAUUUAAAUGCCUGCAGUGUGGGAAAAGCUUCAAUGAUAGAGGAAGUCUUCACUCCCAUCAAAGAAUUCACACAGAGGAGAGACCAUAUAAAUGCCCAGAGUGUGAUAAAAGCUUCAGGCGGAGUGGAGAUCUUAUUACUCAUGAAAGAAUUCACACAGGGGAGAAACCAUAUAAAUGUCUGGAGUGUGAAAAAUGCUUCAGGAGGAGUGGAGAUCUUACAGUCCAUCAAAGAAUGCACACAGGAGAGAAACGGCAUAAAUGCCCCAAAUGUGGAAAAAGCUUCAGGGAGCGUGGAACCCUUAUUGUCCAUCAAAGAAUUCAUACAGGGGAGAAGCCAUAUAAAUGCCUAGUAUGUGGAAAGAGCUUUAGUGAUAACGGAAACCUUACUACCCAUGAAAGAAUUCACACAGGGGAGAAACCAUAUACAUGCCCGGAGUGUGGAAAAAGUUUCAGGCACAGUGGAAGCCUUGCUUCCCAUCAAAGAAUUCACACAGGAGAGAAACCAUAUAAGUGCCUGGAGUGUGAAAAAUGCUUCAGGCGGAGUGGAGAUCUUACAGCCCAUCAAAGAAUACACACAGGGGAGAAACGGUAUAAAUGCUCCAAGUGUGGAAAAAGCUUCAGGGAGAGUGGAGCCCUUCUUGCCCAUCAAAGAAUUCAUACAGAGGAGAAGCCAUAUAAAUGUCUGGAGUGUGGAAAGGGCUUUAGUGAUAACGGCAACCUUAAUCGCCAUCAAAGAAUUCACACAGGGGAGAAACCAUAUAAAUGUUCAGUGUGUAGAAAAAGCUUCAUUGGGAGUGCAGAUCUUAUCAUUCAUCAGAGAAUUCAUACAGGGGAGAAACCAUAUAAAUGCUUGGAGUGUGGAAAAAGCUUCAAUUGGAGUGGAAAUCUAAUAUCCCAUCAAAGAAUUCACACAGGAGAAAAACCCUAUACGUGCUCAGAGUGUGAAAAAAGCUUCAGGCGGAGUGGAGAUCUUACUACCCAUGAAAGAGUUCACACAGGGGAGAAACCAUACGAAUGCCUGGAGUGUGGAAAAAGUUUCAGUCACAGUGGAAGCCUUGCUUCCCAUCAAAGAAUUCACACAGGAGAGAAACCCUAUGAAUGCUGGCAGUGUGGAAAAAGCUUCACAGAGAGUGAAACACUUGCUUUUCAUCAAAGAAUUCACACAGAAGAGAAACCGUAUACAUUCCCAGAGUCUGGAAAUAACUUCAGUGAUAGUGAAAGACUUAAUUUACAUCAAACAAUUCAUAAUGGAGAGAAACCUUAUAAAUGCUCAGAAUGGGAGGAAAACUUCAUGGACAGUAGAAAGCUGGAAUGUGGUAGAAGCUUUCAGCAGAGGGGAAAUCUUAAUUCUCAUCAACUAACUCACACACCAGAGAAACCAUAUAAAUGCCUGGAGUGUGGAAAAUCUUUCAAGCACAGUGGAAGCCUUGUUUGUCAUCAAAGAAUUCAUACAGGUGAAAAACCUUACCAAUGCCUGCAGUGUGGACAGAGUUUCAGAGAGAGUGGAAAACUCGCUUCACAUCAAAGAACUCACACAGGGGAGAAACCAUAUAAAUGUCUGGAGUGUGGUAGAAGCUUUCGUCAAAGGGGAAACCUUAAUUCUCAUCAACGAAUUCACACACUAGAGAAACCAUUUAAAUGCCUGGAGUGUGGUAGAAGCUUUCGGCAGAGGGGAAACCUUAAUUCUCAUCAACGAAUUCACACACCAGAGAAACCAUAUGAAUGCCUCGAGUGUGGAAAAACUUUCAGGCACAGUGGAACCCUUGCAUGUCAUCAAAGAAUUCAUACUGGAGAGAAACCUUACCAGUGCCUGCAGUGUGGAAAGAGCUUCCGACAGAGCGGAAAACUUGCUUCACACCAAAGAAUUCACACAGGGGAGAAACCAUAUAAAUGUCUGGAGUGUGGAAAAAAUUUUAGUCGGAGUGACAGGCUUACUUCUCAUCAAAGAUUACACAGAGGAGAGAUACCAUAUAAAUGUCUGGAGAAUGGAGAAAACUUUAGUCAGAGUUACACCUUAUUCCCUAUGGAAGAGUUCAGACAGAAUGGGGGAGUGUCAUACCUAGAUGACAGUACUCCCGCCGCAAGUCCAUUCAUGCCCUUCCUCAUACCAUCUCACUCUCAAUGUGACCUACUGUCCUCCAUUUUAUGCUCACAACAACAAUCCUAUGAAACAGAUUACACUGAGAGGGUGUGACUGGGCUAAAGUCAGUCAGCCACCUUCCAUGGCAGGGUGGGGAUUCAAUCCAGGGUGUCUUAGAUCCCAGUCUGACACUAACCACUACUCCAGGUCAGCUUUUCCACAGAGGGAAUAUUUUUCACCUUCCAUGUCUCUGCUGCCAGCACUUUCCUGGCCUCUCAUAAAUAAACGUUUACUCUCGUUGCAAAGUGCAGAGGGAUGUUGAACUAAUUUUUGCCAAGAAGUUCUGAUUCCCUUCAUUUUGGGCACUGCAAGUCCCACCAUCUUUCUGAAGUGGGUAGCUGAUAUGGAGAUUCUUAGCUUUAUUUUUGGAUGUGUUGUGCAGGCAAUUUGUAUUAUACCUUUGCUUCCCAUCUCCUUUGCUACUCUCUUACCACCUUCUGACUGGGAUAUAAGGGCUCAGGAAUCUCAGCUCCUUCUGGUAUCUGACAAAGGGAGUCUGACUCUUGACAUCUUACACCCUGGAAAUGUUGUUGGUCUUUAAGGUUUUACAGGAUAUCUCUGGUCAGGUUUGAUUCAGGUAUAGGUGUGCAAUUAAGAAGUCCUGGGCAUCUAGUUAGCUUUUCUAUAUCAAAUUAUUUAACUCCUGGCAAGAGGUACACCACCGUAAUGUCAUAGGUUUGUUACCGAGUGUUGUACACAAGUAAUACUAUUACGGAGUUCCAUUUUAAGUCUUUAGUAUUACAAAAUAAUCAUUCAGUAUUCUUAAUAUCAACUCAAUCAGUAGAAAAUCAUACUAUCCAUGAUAAUUGUAUAGAUCAUUAAAGAAGAGCAAAAAAAGCAUCUUACCCAAAGAUAAAAAGGCAAGGAGAUAAAAAGGUCACAGUUGAAGAACCCCUUCUAUUGUUGUAUUUAUAGGAUUUCAGAACCUUCUCUUGAGAAUUACUGCUUCAAAGACUCAAAGACUUGGCUAAUUUAUUAUCUUACGAUUUCAUACACCAAACAAGGUUAUCUAUAUUUGAAACAUCAUCUUGAAACGUUUAACAAUAGUUAGUUCAUUCUUGCUAUUUUUCUGUUAACAAAGUCUAUGUAAAAUGAGUGUUUACAAGUCUCUCAUACAUAUAAAUAUCUUUUGGCCCCCCACCAAUACAUUUAUAAUCUUGCCAGUUUCUAGGAAGUUAGACAUUCCUGCUAUUCUUAGAUACUUCCUGCACCUGAGCCUUGGUACAUUGCAUAUAUUGAUAGGAGUUAAAGGGCUCUUCCAAACGACAUAUGGCAAUACAAUUGCGUAACUCUAUUGUUUUAUGCCCCUGUGACAGAACCCUAAGAUUCAAUAUGGCUCACGAUAGCCACCUAGAGCAAUCUGUGUUCUUGGACUCCUGGCGCUUACAUCCUUUAUACUCCAUUCCACAUUAGGGCUACCUGGCCAACUUAGUCCUUUUUUGACAAAAGACAACCGUUUAGGCCAGAUUCCCUUUUUUAUCAUAUUAAUGCAGAACUAUUAAAAUGGUGGAACCAUCCUGUAAUAAUUCUCUGAUUGUUGGAAAUACUCUCUGACAUCAGAGAUGGAGCUUUGGUUGGGACUGGUUAGAUUUACUGGUGAAUCUCACCAAGGAGGCUGGCUUAGGUCAGACGCCAUGCCCCAUAGCUAUCUGGGAGGGCUGGACUUUUCUUUGUCCCCACUUUGGAACAUCUGGAGACCCCGAGACCGGUGCGCCAGGGGUUAAGGACUCCUCCACUGUCUUGGUACUACAAGGAACUUUGGAUAUGUUCUGAGGAACCUUCUACAACUUAGGUAAAGCGCGCUUAGCUGAGUUAGCUCAACAUUGUUGUUUUAUUUGAUAGACUGUGUGUUGUGUGAUAGUGUGCUCUUCCCUGUGUUUUGCAUUUUGUCCUUCCUACCCCUUUCGAAUCCACCCACCAUUUCCCUGUUUCCCUCCUACAAUAAACCUUUC